GCCCGGAGAAACAGACGAGGCCUAUCAGGCCUGCAUGUUGGCCUGGAGUACCGAAACAAAGAAACGGGCAGAUGAUGCUGCCGCAGCAGCGAAGAAGAGGGAAGAGGAUGUCGAGCAGAACAACAGCGCCAGCAUGACGAGGCAGCAGCAAGGGCUGCCGAUGAAGAAAGGACCCAGCGUUGUGAGAAGAUAUUUACCGGAGAGUGGGCGUUACUCGCAAUGGCAGCGAAAUGGCGGACCGAGGCGGAGAAUGGCAAGUUGGAGGAUAGCGCAAACAAGAUCGCGCUCCUCCUCUCGCAGCUCACAGACCUCCUGGCAACCUGCAUUACACAGCAGGCGGAGAUCCUCGGUCUCGACACCUCGCUAGCUCACGUCCAAGACCGCCUUCAGCAGUUGGAGCAGCGACCAGUCGCCGCCGCCGACGCAAGCUCUUCCAAUACUGUCGACCGCCUCAACGCAUUGAAGAUGGACGUCGGCUCACUCAAGGAUGGCGUGCAACUACAACAGACCGCGACGCAACAGUUGCAACAGCGGAUCUGCACUACUGCCACCACCUCGAGUUCAGAACCGCGCGAGUCAACUCCAAAGUUCGACGGGAAGGAGAUCUUCUGCGACUCAAUGAAGACAGAUCCGAUUCCAUGGUUUCGCAAGUUCGAGCUCACGCUGCAGUUGUCCGACGUCAAAGAACACAAGCACCACGCAGACUUGUACUCUCGUUCAGGGGGCGCGUACCAGGCUUGGUUGGACAACCUCUUGUCCAAGUACGGAGUAGUAGCAGCCGACUUGCACACCAAGAUCAGUUGGGAUGAGCUGAAGGCGGCGUGGCACAAGUGGUUCCAGGUGGAGCCGCCAGAAAUCAAAGCCAUGGACAAGCUCAUGGUCUUCGAGCAAGGCACGCUGCCGAGUACGAACUGGAUCGCCGAGUACCAACGUUUGACGUCAGUCCCAGACAUCCGGAUGGGCUUCAAGGCCAUCCGCCACUACUUCAUCUCAAGGUCAUGUCCGGCAUUAAGCAAUGCCCUGACGCAUGUUGAGGACACCUUGACAACGACGGCGGAGUUGUUCGACAAGGCUGAGCAGAUCAUCAUCAUGAACAAGGAGGCCAAGAACCUCCGUUCAUCUGCGUCAGGCCCGAGCAGGGACCAGCAUCGGCCAAGAGUGGCCGUGGUCGCGGCGGCAGCACCGUUGGACCAAAUCAGCGAGGAUUCGGCACGCGAGUUCAAUAUAGAGGCAUUAGACCCACUCACGUCUGAGGACUUUGCAUGGCUUCCUCUCCCGACCACAGGCCGCUUGCCGGGACCGCAAUGCGCAACACUUAGCGCUAAUCUUCACGCUUACUUAUCCUUCUAUGCACCACCAACUUCGCCGACGGAUGACAAAGUCGCGGUGGGGGACAUCCUGGCAUAUACUACCAAGGUGGCCCGCGAGUUUUGCACGCAGCGGUACGACGACAACAACGCACCGCUCAUGUAUGUCCGCAUUCAGGUUGGGCAAGCGUCCUGCAGCGUUUUGCUGGAUAGCGACGCGUCUCGCAAUUUCAUGAGCCAAUCCUUUAUGCUAAGGGCUGGCCUUGGCGCACAAGUUCGGAGGAAGGCAAACCCGACGGCGAUCAAGUUGGCAGACGGAAAGACACAACAACUUCUCGACCGUUACAUCGAGGCCGUACCGGUCUACUUCGCACCUCAUGCAUGCAAACCGGUAACAUUCGAUAUUCUCGACACGGACUUCGACAUCAUUCUGGGAAUGCCUUGGCUUGCAAGUGCGGAUCACACGGUCAACUUCCAUCGGCGGACUCUUAGCAUUCGCGACGCCUUCGGCGCGGAAGUGGCAUGUACGAUUCCUCUACCGCACACUUCGAUCCGGUGCCAAGUGGUGACGGCCAAAUCAUUCCGGGCGACUUGCGCUUACGAGCAGCCCGAGGAGAUCGACCUAUGUUUCCUACGGACCGUCACGGUAGCCGACUCUUCACCCACGAACUUGUCUUCGGACCCCCGUGUGGUACGGUUGCUGGACGAGUUCGCCGACAUCUUCGAGUCACCUACCGGUGUGCUGCCGGAUCGGCCAAUCUCUCGCGAGAUCAUUCUUGAGGCCGGUGCCGUGCCGCCGAAAGGUUGCAUCUAUCGGAUGAGCGAGGAGGAACUUGAGGUCCUCCGCGCGCAACUCGAUGAUUUGCUGGCCAAGGGCUGGAUCCGCCCUAGCAGCUCCCCAUAUGGAGCACCAGUUCUCUUCGUGAGGAAGAAGAACAUGGAUCUACGAUUGUGUAUCGACUACUGCAAGCUCAACGCGCAAACCGUCAAGAAUGUGGGGCCUCUUCCUCGCAUCGACGCUCUUCUUGAGCGACUCGACAGAGCGAAGUAUUUUUCGAAGUUGGAUUUGAAAUCAGGAUAUCAUCAGAUCUCGAUCCAGCCGAACGAUCGCUACAAGACGGCGUUCAAGACGCGGUACGGGCAUUUUGAGUGGGUGGUCAUGCCUUUUGGCCUCACCAACGCCCCGGCGACAUUUCAGGCGGCCAUGACCAAUCAGUUUCGUGCAAUGUUGGACCGGUUUGUGCUGGUAUACUUAGACGAUAUUCUCGUCUAUAGACGGUCAUUGGAGGAUCAUCUUGGGCAUCUUCGACGAGUGUUGGAGACGCUCCGCCGCGCCAAGUACAAGGCCAACCGCGACAAGUGUAAAUUUGUCCUGCAAGAGCUGGAAUACUUGGGCCAUUUUGUCACACCGGAGGGCAUCAGUCCGCUAUCGGACAAGAUUCAGGCCGUCCAGCAGUGGUCGGAGCCUCGGAACGUCACGGAUAUCCGCUCGUUCCUCGGUCUUACCGGCUACUAUCAGCGCUUCAUCAAAGGCUACUCAAAGAUCGCGGCCCACUUGAACAAGCUUCAGUGCGAGGAUCGGCCGUUUGACUUCGGAGAGGAGGCGCAAGGAUCAUUCUUCGCUCUCAAAGCCGCGCUAUUGUCUGCAGAGGUCUUGCGGAUAUACGACCCACUCGCGCCUACGCGCGUCACUACGGAUGCGUCAGGCUAUGGCAUUGGUGCAGUCCUCGAGCAACAUGAUGGUGUGGACUGGCACCCGGUCGAGUACUUCAGCAAGAAAACCCAAGACACCGUCAACAGCACCAUCGCUCGAUGGAUGACUUUCAUCGACCAGUUCGACUUCUUUCCCGAUCACAUUCCCGGGAAGUCGAACCGUUUUGCGGAUGCUCUUUCAUGGCGUCCGGAUCAUUGUACCGCGGUCUACUCAACCUUCGAGAUCGACGACGACCUGCGAAACAGCUUCAUCCGCGGCUACCAAGCCGACCCCGAGUUUCGCGACAAGUACGCGAAUUGCUCCUCUCCUAACCCGGCUCCUUCUCACUACCGGAUCCAAGAGGGGUACUUGCUUGUCCACACGCGGGGGAAGGACCUCCUUUGCGUACCGAGUGAUCCUCACUUGCGUACACGGCUUCUUGGCGAGUUCCACGACGCUCCCGCCACUGGACACUUUGGAGUCAAUCGCACAAUUGGCCAACUUCGCCAGCGAUUUUGGUGGUCCGGCCUUCUCGGCGACGUCAUGCGCUAUUGCAAGUCAUGCGAGGUUUCCCGACACUGCAAAUCCCGCAACCAUCGUCCAUACGGCGAGUUACGACCAUUGCCAGUCCCGUUGUGGCGAAGGGAAGCGAUUGCCAUGGACAUUACCGGCCCGUUCCCCAAGCACAAGACCGRAGUGGAUGGGAUUCUCACGGUCGUCGACCGACUCACCAAGUUCGCCAUGUUUUUGCCUUGUCGCUAUCAUGCCAAGGCACGGGAGUUGGCCGAGGUUCUGUACGCGGGUUGGAUUCGAACCAAGGGUUACCCCAAGGAGAUCGUCUACGACCGCGACACUCGGUUCAUGUCCGAUUUUUGGUUGGCGCUCAUCAAGCGAUGGGGCUCAUCUCUCAAGCCCAGUUCAACUCGCCACCCUCAGACCGAUGGCCAGACGGAGAGGGCGCAUCASACCGCACAGGUUCUCCUUCGCACUCUCAUCCGGCCCGACCAGAAAGACUGGGUUGAGCGACUGUCGGACGUCGAGUUGGCCUACAACUCUUCCAUCCACCCGACUAUUGGGAUAUUGCCCUUCGAGUUCGAGCAUGGCUUGCCGGUCACAUCACCGUUGGACACUAUUACUCCACGCACGACCGAGAGCGACGACCAUCUCCUUUUCUUGCGUCGGAUGCAAGAGCUUCUUGUCAAGGCACGCGACCAGAUGGCUAAGACGCAGCAGCGCAUGAGCCAGCAGGCCAAUCGCCAGCGUCUUCCUUGUCCAUUCCGCAUCGGGGACCUCGUUUGGGUUUCCGUCGCGGAAUUCAGCCUUGAACAAGACGUCUCUCACAAGCUCCUUCCGAAAUGGAUGGGGCCUUGGCCGAUCAGAGAGCCCGCUGGGGACGCACCCGAAGGACCCUCCUUCACGAUUUAGGUGCCUAGCCACUCGCCCAUCUACCCAGUCUUUGAUUGCUCCAAAUUG